AUGUGGGAAACGGGGAAACGCCAGUACUUACUGCUUACACUGAUAGACGCAGCAGCCUACGACCAGAUCUAUCAGAAUGUGUCAGAAGAGGUGACAUAUGAGACGUUCUCCACAGUACCACCUAUUUUGGUACCUCGCCGCCGUAAGAAGGAACUUUGGGAUGCUUUUCGCCACCGAGUGCUUUGUGAAACAGCGCAGCAGCUUGCCACCGAACUGCCAAAAUUGGCCACAUCGGCUCUUCCGGAAUGUGACCCAAGCUUCAGGGACCUUUCGCUACUACAGCAGUUUGCUGAUGUCGUCCGCCCAGUCGCCGUAAAAUCUCGUUUGCAGAAAAACCGCUAG